CACCAUUGAAGUAGAGCACUUACAAGCCAACAAACAUUAAAACAGAUUGCAAUCAUGGCCCCUGGGAUGUCGCUUUUCUCGGUUCAGGCCAUCCUGAUCCUCAGCACUGAAGAUGGCUCUCGGAUAUUCGCAAAGUACUUCCAGCCACCUCAUUCAGCACCUAAUGCUCCCACAAGCACGUCAGCCAACCCCUACUCCGAUGCGAAAUCGCAAAAGGCUUUUGAGAAGGGUCUUAUCGACAAGACUGCCAAGCAGAACGGCGAUAUCAUUCUUUACGAUAACCGAAUUGUGCUGUACAAGAUGGAGUCAGAUGUCAUGAUGUAUGUUGUUGGCAGUGUCGACGAGAACGAGAUUCUGCUCUACAACACCAUUCUCGCUCUGCGGGACUCUCUCCACAUCCUCUUCAAGCAAUCCGUUGACAAGAGGACAAUUGUCGAGAACUACGACCUUGUUUCGCUAGCUAUUGAUGAGAUUGUCGACGAUGGCAUCAUUCUUGAGACUGAUCCCACUAUCAUUACCCAGCGCGUUAGUCGAGCACCCACUCAAGACAUGCCCGUUGGCCGCAUCGACCUUAGCGAACAGGGUGUCAACAACUUGGCGCAGCUAGGAAAGUCGAAACUGGCGGACUGGCUCCGUCAGGGUCUGUAGAGAUGGGAACAGGUUUAUGUGUGGAGAGUCGGGAGUUUUGUCGUUAUUCAGCGCCGCAUGCAAAACCAAAAUCAAAAGAGGAAGACGCCGCGCC